AUGCACAUAUAUAUAUAUAUAUAUUUUAUUUAUUUUUCUGUUAGCUAUGUCGAGCUAAACGAAACUCAACGCCCAUUAAUAGUUAUGUGCUUCUCAAUGUGUGGGAGCUUUCCUUUGGAAGUAGCAGAAAUUCCUAAAAAUAUCAUAAAUGAAAAAAAGAAUCUAAUUACUCAUUUUGUGCAUAGUACUCGAGUUAAGGAAAGUAGAAGAAAGACCUAUAAUUUAAGCAAUAUUAUAAAAAAGAAUAAUUCCCACCAAAUUAUGAAUUGUCAAAAUAUGAGAGAUUUGCAAAAAUAUAAGGAAACAACAUGUAAUCCUUUCCAUAUGCUUAAUAAUGAAGGGAGUGUUCUCUUAUCAAUUUACAAAAUAGUAAGUAAAAGUGUAUAUUCAGGAGAUACCAUUGUUCCAAAGGAUGCAUUUAUUUAUAGGAUAUAUUUAAAUUCUCGAAUAAAUCAAAGAGUUGAUACAAAUAACGUCCUGAUUACAAAAUUCCCCAAAAAACGAUGUCUUAGUGAAUUGAGGAAUUUAGAAACAAGUCAAAAAGUAGAAAAAAAUUAUACAAGUAUAGGAAGAAAAAAACAUAAACCGGAGAAUGAGAAAAAUAACGUCGUAAAUAUGCAGAAUAGUGGGAAACUUACAAGUAACAUAUAUGGCGAAGAACUUUAUAUGAAUUUACAAAAAAGGAUAAAGUAUACAAAUAAGAGUGAUCCUAAAUUGUUGGAGAAAACAUUAUUCGAAAGGAAAAAAUCUCAAAAGUUAUUGAAUAGGAGAAAGAAUCUUUUGAAAAAUAUUGCACACAAUACAACAUUUAUUGAAAAUACUGAUAUGAUCGCUAAGCACUUCUUUCCGAAUCAGAUAUUCAUACGAAGUAAAAAUUCGUCAACAACAUUAAAAAUUAAAGGUAAAGAAUUACUAAAAAUUAAUGUUAAUCACUUAUUAAUUUUUAACACUUCUUCAGAGUGUGCAGGUGAUUUAAUUACUCAUAUUAGUGUGAGUAGUAUAAACAAUUUAUACAUUUUAACAGAUCCUUUCAAAGUUGAUAAAAUUGGAACUUUCAUUAUUUGCAUUGUUGUAGAAAAGGUUAUUCCUAUUGCAUUAAUAGAAAUCCAAAAUAAGAUAAUCCAUCAAUUUGAAAUAUUAACUGAUAAAAAUUGGAUAUCUACAUUUAAUUGUUCAAUUGACGAUUCUUCUAUCAUAUUUCAUCAGAAUAUAGAAUUGACAAAAAUAAGACUAAAAGAUAAAGACAAGGUAGAAAACUCACUUUAUAAUUUCUCAUUUUUAAAAAGAUAUUUACCAGACGAUAUUAAUUUUUUGGCUUGUUCUGUGUACAAUGAAUUUAUAGCAAUAUUAGGUAAACAACAUAUAUUAAUUGUAAAUAGGCAUAUUGAAACGUUGCAUGAAAUAUUUUUUCAUUAUUUGAAUAACCCAGUUGAUAUAUUUUUAUAUAAUAAUUUUAUAUAUAUCACUGAUGCAGAUAGAAAAAAUAUUUUUCAGUAUAUUUCAGUUUCUAUAACGAUGCAUAAUUCGUAUGUUAAAAAAAUGUUAAAUGAAAGGCAAAAUAAACAAUUAACUAAAAAACAUGGGGAAGAAAAUGAUGCAACAAUUAACACGUUUGACCUAAAAGACAACAAUGGCUCUAAAGAAGAAAAUCAUUAUAUGGAAAAACAAAUAAAUUUAAACUCAUCAGGGAAAAGCAUUUUAGAAGUAAAGGACAAGUCUGGGCCAUAUUCCUUAUUAAAUGGUGCUAGUUUUGUACUACAGGAUGAGGAGGAUCUAAAUUAUAUAUAUAAAAAUUCGAAAGUAGAUGUAAAACUCAAUGCUUUACUGGAUGAAAGUGUAACACUAGUUUAUCCGGCAGGUAUUGUUGCUAUAAAUAAUAAAAUAUAUUUUGUAGAUACAGAGUUACAUAUGUUAUUUUGUUACUCCUUAAAACAAAAGCAAAUAGUUGAAACGUUUGGAUAUAUGAAUACUGCUAUUAUAAGUGAUAGAGGUUUAAAUAAACCCUAUUCCUUAUCCUUAUAUUAUUCGAAUGAAGAAAAAAAGAGUCUUUUGUUUAUAAGCGAAUUAUCGAGUUCACGUAUAUUAAUUUUUGAGAUAAGUCCAGUUAUUAAAUUAUACCUAACAUACGACGAUUUGAUUUUUGAUGUUGUUACCUCUAUUGUUGUAACAUCCCUUUUUUUAAUAGUCUGCGGAUUGAAAAUGAAUAAAGAAAAUUAUGUAAGUUAUGUAACAUUUAUUAAAAUAGAAGAGUUAACUAAUAUUGAGAUAGAAUAUAAUGCAUUUUCUUCUUCUUUAAAGUAUGGAGAAACCGUAAAUAUGACGCCCCUAAUAAGAAGUAAUAAUAUUCGAAAGUUCACAAUGAAACAAUACGAUCAUAAAUCAAAAGAGAUCAUAGAAACUGGAUUACAUGUUAAUAGUUAUAGCGGAGUUAUAAAUGGAAAAAUAAAAAUAUCUGCUUGGUUUUACAUGGAAAUAACAGUACAUGAUUAUUUUAAAAAGAAAAAUUUAACUUUUGAGAACUUCAUAUCUUCCUGUCCUAAGGGAUUUCAUUUUUUUUUAAAAAAAUGUGCUCCUUGUCCAUUGGGAUAUUACACGAAAUAUUCUUAUGAUCUUCACUGUGCGAGUUGUGAAAUCUAUAAAGUAAAUUCAACUACUUCUUACACUGGGUCUACUUCAAAAAUUGAAUGUUUAUGUAAACCGGGAUACUAUUUAAAAGGAAAAAAAAAAUGUGAAAAAUGUCCAAAAGGAUAUUAUAAAGAUCAAAUUGGAGACUUUAGAUGUCAGUCGAAAUGUGAAAGUAUGAAAACUAGCACUGUAGAAGGAGCAACCAGUUAUGAAGAAUUGAAUUGCUCAUGUAUUGAUGGAUAUUAUACAGAUAAAAAAUCUAAUUGUGUUCUUUGUCCUCUUAAUAAUUAUUGUAUAUAUAAUCCUAAUUCGCAUACCUAUAAAGCUGAUAUAAUACCUUGUAAAAACAAUACAGUAACAAUAAAAAGAGGGGCCUCUUCAGAGAGCCAAUGUAUAUGUGCCCCAGGUUAUUAUUAUAAUAAAGAAAAAAAUGACUGUGAAUUAUGUACAUAUGAAAGCUUUAAAAUGAAUCCUGGUAAUGAGUUGUGUACACCUUUUUUAGCCGAUCCAUUUUAUACCCAAGAAUUUUUACCUAACGAAAAUUACUUUAAGCAUUCUAAUGUACAUUUGAGAAAAACAAGUAAUAUUAUAUAUUCUCAAAAAAAAGGAUCCGUAUCUUAUCAAGAUGCAACUCUAUGUGAAACUGGUUAUUUUUAUAAUAUGAAUAAAUCCAUAUGUUCUAUAUGCAGGUAUAACGCUUAUUGUAAGGGGCUAUAUCAUACACUUACUGGAUGUCCUAAGAACUCAGUAUCCAUAAAAUUAAAAAGUGUUAGUUCCUUAGAUUGUUUAUGUGAAAAAGGAUAUGGAAGAAUAAUUAUUAACAAAUUAAAAACAUUUACUAUAUCAUGUGUACCUUGUCCAUAUGAUACAUUUCAACCUCACCAUUCAUCAGGGGAGUGUAUUCCAUGUCCUCCUUAUACUUUUACAAAAUCUAUUAAUUCCACAUCCAUUACAGACUGUUUACCAAAAAAUGGAUAUUACAACUUACAUUUUGAAUAUAUAUAUGAGUUUUCCAAAAAUAAGUUACAGAAAAAUAUACCCCAUUUUUUGCAACAAUACCGCAUGUAUUUAAAUGAUCAAUAUAGGGAAAGUAACUCAGUAAAUGUAGAAAGAAAGAAAAAUGGAAAUAAUCCCAGUGACACAUGUAUGAAACACAGAAGAGAUCAAGAUAAGAAAAAACCAUGUUAUAAUAAUAAUAGGAAUAUGAAAAAGAAAAGGGAAGGAAUUUAUAACAGCGAACAAAUAGAAAGCGUUACAGACGUCUGCAAAGUACUCGAUGAAAGAUUAUAUAAUACUUAUCAUGAAAACAAUUACUUUAAAAGAAACAAUACUUGUAGGAGCAAUUACUAUGAAACAAAUUUCACAUUUGAUAAGAAGAAUAAAAAUAAAUUUUCCUAUGUAGAAAAAAAAUUAAGGCAAACUAGAAUGCCAAAAAUAAAUAACAAUUUACGCAACUUGAAAGGAACAUACAGUAAUGUAUUUCAUACAAACUAUCUAAAAAGUGUAAUUCUAAUGGACAGGUUUAAAAUGUUUAAGUUUCUUGAAGAAUAUAGCACCAUUUUUUCAUUAAUUAAUAUGAAUAAGGAAGAUUACCAUAUAUAUAAUAAGCGAAAACAUAGCAGUGAGGUAACAGUAAAAAAUGUGAACUUUAUUGAACAAGAUACAUUAGUGAAAAAAACUUCAGAAUCUCAAAAUGGAGUAGUGCAAAACAUAAGUAAUAAUAAUAUAAAUAAAAAAAAAAAAGAUAAUCGUACUGAGUUAAAGGAAGAAGGAACAUAUUUAAAUGCAUCGCAUAUGAGCGAGAUAGUAAAUCAAAUUGAUAUUAUAUCUGAAAAUAUAAAUAGUAUGAUAAAAAUAAUAAAAAAUAGAGAAGAAACAUACACUACAAAUAAACGAAAGGAUAUAAACUAUUCCUGUUAUGAAAUGGAAAAAAGAAUAAUUCUUGAAAAAAAUAUAUAUGUAUCAACUAUUGCUGAAAUUGAUCUUAUAAGCUGCUUAAAUACAUGCAUAUCUAAUAUAUACUGUACAGGUAUAGAAAUGGAUAGAACAAAAGAUAAAGGAAAAACGAAUUUAUUUUUUACUCUAUAUAAAAGUUCUGAAAAAAGAUUAAUAUAUUUUUAUAAGUGUAAUUUAUAUUUUUAUGAUGAACUUAUUCAAUAUUAUAAAAAUGAAAACUUAAAAAAAAUAGAAAAUAUACACACAUACAAUGAUAUCGAUAGGAUAACUGGUUGCACAGUUCAAAAAAAUGAUAUGCUUAAUUUGUGGAAAAUAUACACUUUUGAUAUAUGUCCAAAUAAUUAUUAUUGUAACAUAAAAUCAUUUAGAAAAAGAAAAUGUCCCCUAAAUUCUGUAAAAACAACAUUCCAAGGAACAAAAGAAGACUGCUUAUGUUUACCUGGAUAUUACUUAAAAAAGAGUUUAAACAUUUGUGUGCCUUGCCAAAAAGGAACUUAUAAACAUACUACAUCUAAUAAGGAAUGUGUGGCAUGUCCUUUGAACCUAACUACAAAAUCAGAAAUGUCUACUUCUUCUUACGACUGCGUUUGUAGAGAAGGAUAUUAUUUUCAUGGAGAUAAUAGAAUUAAAUUAAUAUAUACAAAGGAUCAAGGAAAUAUUCACAAUAUUAUAAAAAAAAAACUGAAAGAAAAGGAAAAUUCAAUUAUAAAAAAUUACAACAAAAAUAUAGAAAUGAGAUUUCUUCAAAUCAAGUCAUUACGAAGAAAAGAAAAAUAUUUGGAAAAGGCACAUAAAGCUUUAGGGACUGUUUCACACGCAGUACAAAGACUAAAAGGAGAGACUCGUCAGAGAGAAACAUACAUACGUGUGAUAAAAAAUAAUGGUAAUAAUAGAAGUAACAGCAAUGGUGGAAGUAAUAGCAAUGGUGGAAGUAACAGCAAUGGUGGAAGUAACAGCAAUGGUGGAAGUAAUAGCAAUGGUGGAAGUAACAGCAAUGGUGGAAGUAACAGCAAUGGUGGAAGUAAUAGCAAUGGUGGAAGUAACAGCAAUAGUGGAAGUAACAGCAAUAGUGGAAGUAACAGCAAUAGUGGAUGUAAUAGCAAUGGUGGAAGUAAUAGCAAUAGAGUAAGUAAAAGCAAUAGAGUAAGUAAAAGCAAUAUCUUUUCAGUUAAGGAUAUAAAUUUAAUUCAAAAGUUUACACAACCGUAUAUUUCACCGCCUCAACAGAAAGCCAUAAGAAAUCAUGAUACUGGACAUAAAUAUACAUACUUACAUUCUAAUACACCUGAUGAAGAUGAUAAAUAUAUGUCUUAUACUAAAUGCGUUAAGUGUCCUAAGAACAUGUUCUGUCCAGGUUUAUGGUUUAAAAAUUUCGAAUAUGAAAUACACCAUCCUCCCAUUUUUUGUCCUGUAGGAUCUAUAAUACCUGAGACCACAAUAGAACGAACAGAUAUAAAUAAAUGCUUAUGCGGAAAAGGAUACGGGUUAAAUUUAGAAAAUAAGAAAAAUAAAACUUGUACACAAUGUAAUGAAAGAUAUUAUAAAGAUGUUGUAGAUAAUUCCGUAUGUAAUGGUUUAUGUAUGGAAUUUUCUACAUCCUUUAGAGGAUCAAUUAGUAAAAAACAGUGUUUUUGCACAAUAGGAAAAUAUAUGAUAAAUGAAUCUUCACUAGAAAUGAAAUGUAUAAACUGCCCUAGGGGAGCAUUAUGUAUUGGGGGUUUAAAAUAUAAAUCAUUGAUAAAAUUAAUUCAUAAUCAACAUUACACUAAUUUAGAAAUUAACGAUCAUGUUAUUCCAUUCCCUGAGAAAGGGUAUUUUGCUACUUUUGAAAUAAAACAUGAAGAUUUUUCAUGGGAUCCUCUAAACUCAUUAAAUCUUCAAAUAAAUAAUUAUGAAAAAACAGAUGUCAUAGUUAAAAAUAAAAUUAUAAAAGAUCUAUUUCGUACAAAGUUAAAUUUUCUUACUCUAGAGGGGAAUAGUAUUAGGGAUAAGAGUGAAAAUUCCCAAAUGAAUAUAAAUUCAAAAAAUGAAACCCUAUUAGAUGAUUUUAAAAGUAAAGAAAAUACGAUAGUAAUAAAUGAAGCUUUUACAACACCAUAUUUAGUUACUGAAAAUUUUGAAAAAAUAAAAUAUAAGAACAAUUACUUAACUGUUGAUAGAAUCCCCGAUUUUCAUUUAUGCCCAAUUACUAAAAGAUGUCUUGGAGGAGCAAACAAUUUAUGUUAUGAAGGAUCAGAAGGAUAUUUAUGUAAUAAUUGUUCAAGAGAAUACGACACUACUUAUUUUAGAUCUCAGUGUUUUAAAUGCAAAACAACUAAAACCGAAUUUCUAAAUCUAGUUAAUCGUAAAAUCUUUUUCUAUAUAUUAAUUUUCUUUUUAAUGUAUUUAAAUUAUUUCUGUUAUAUAAAAAGGAAUUUUGUGUUCAUAGGCAUAUUCAAAAUAUGGUAUUUUUUUAUUAUAUGCUUCUUACCAUAUAUAUUUAUAGUAGAAUCUAUACCUAAUUCGCAGGAAAAUUAUACAUUGUAUUUCCAAUUAUUUAUUUCCUUACCAAUGAGAUUUAUCACUUAUUAUUAUAAAUUAAAUUGCUUAAUUAAUUCAUAUAAUAGUGAAAAGUAUAUAUAUAUUUGGUAUACUCAAAGAUUUAUAAAAAUAGCGGAGCCAAUAAUUGAUUGUGCUAUUUUAACACUCUUAUUUUCCCUAUUCUAUGUAAUGUAUAUCCUUUGGAAUGAUAAAAAAAUAAGAAUUGUUGAAAAGGUUAUUAAAAAACAAAUAAAAAGGAUACACACAGACGAGUAUUACGAACACGUGUCUGAUUUCUAUUUUCAUUAUUACCAGAAACAAGUUAUUGAUACUAUAAAUAAUAAAAAUAAAAAAGUACAGAUACCUUUUCAGAAGUGGAAUCAAGAUUCUUUCAUAUAUGAAGAUUCAUCAAGUGAAGACACAUCUGCGUGUAGGAAAAAGGAAAAAAUAAAUAUCUUUGGGACAAAAGGAGAAAAAGAAAAAUUACUUAAAAAAAAUAAACGAAACAAAAAAAAAUUGUUUGGAUCUUACAAUACUAAUUAUGAUAGUAAGGUAUUCUCUAGCUCGGAUAUUCUUUCAUAUAAUAAAUAUUUAUUAAAGGAAAAUGAAUCAACUAGUUUUAAAGAUGCACACAACAAUGAUGAUGAAUCAUUAAAAAACAAAAGAUCUAAAUAUUCUAUGAAAGAAUAUAUAUCGAAAAAAGAUACAUACUGGACAUACAUGUGCAUACUAAACAUUUAUAAUAUCAGGGCGUUCGGCCUAUUCCGUUAUAUACAUCCACCUAAUAUUAGAAUGAUUAAUAAAAUAAAACGAAUUAUUUCAGAUUUCAAAGCAGUAUAUAUAAUUGUUUUAUAUAUUUUUUUCCCAUUUACACUCAUUAGUUUGCUAGAACUUAUAUGGUGUCAACCUAUAAAAUACAAAAACAAACCACCCAUAUUAAUUUUAUACCAUAUGCCUUCACAGGAAUGCAAUAUAAGAAAUAAAUUAUUUUUAUCAGGAGUACUUUUUUCUAUCUUUUUUUUUAUUGUAUAUAUUUUUUUAUUCAUAACAUACUUAUGUGGCACUUUGAAAAAUUUUAAAGUAUUUGGAUCCUAUGCAAAACAGUUAAAAAACAACUUUUUAUUUAAUGGAUAUAAUUAUCAGAACAGAUGUUGGGAUUUUGUUAAUAUAAUAAAAGUACUAUUUGUUGUGAUUUCUUUUAUGUGCCAGUUAUACACAAAGAAGAGUAAUAAUUCUAAAUAUUUUAUUUGUUGUUGUAUAGUUCUUAUUCUAAUUACAGAAGUUACUUUAAUUUUAUUGUAUUCUCCUUAUGAUAAGAGAUCUAAUAAUGUAUUACAAAGCCUAAGUCUUUUUUCCACAUUUUCAAUUCUCAUAACAUAUUUAUGUGUGCAAGUUAACUUUUUUUUUAACAUUUCUAUGAUUAAUAUAUUUCCGUUCAUAUUAUUUGUCUCUUUUCACGUUUAUAUGAUAAACAAAGUUAUUCUGGAAUUUGCAAUUUAUAAGAACCUUUUAAAAAAGAAGGGAAAUGCAGAAAAUAUCGAAAACAUUAAAGCAGAGGAUUUAUUAAAUGAAGACAGUUUUUUCUUUCCAUCAGAACAGAGGAAAAAUGUAAAAGAUGAGGGUAACCAAAAAAUGGACAAUAGUAAAAGUAAUAACAACAAUGGAAAUAAUGAUCACGAUAAUGAUUAUAAUAACUGCGAUAAUGAUCGAGCCAAAACUGACGAUAGCAAAUUUAAGAAAAAAAAAAAAAACAAACAAAAUUUUCAGGUUAUUAACCAGGACUAUCAUUUAUUUGAUUUUCUCUUAAGGAUAAAUAAGAUCCCGUUUUAUUCCAUUUUUUUCAAUGAAAAAGAGGAAGAAAUUUUUGUUCUUGAGGCAUAUACUAAGAAAAAUAGUACUUAUAAAGAAAUUGUGAACACAUUAAAAAGUAACACAUUCAAGAAGUCUCAAACAGGUGCUAUUAGUUUAGAUUUAUUACAUUCUGAUUUACUGUAUUAUAAUAUAAGAGCUUAUUCAGCCCAUUCUCUUUCAAACAUAGAAUGUUAUUCAAACUUAAAAAAAUCAAGUAGUAAUAUUUUGAAAUUCAUGGAAGAAAAAAAAUUGACAAAGAAAUUAGGAAAAUUCUUAAGGGUGGAAGAGGAGAACUCAAAGAAAAAAAAAAAAGAAAAAAAAAAAGAAUACUCAAAUGAAGAAAUGAUCACAGAAAAUUCAAAAGAUAAUAUGUUUAACAUGAAUAUAACACAUUUUAUAAAUUGCCUAAUAGAAGCUAUAAAUAUCUUAUUUGUUAAUCAGUCCCAUAAUCAAAUAACAGUGGAAUGGUUAAGUUUUGUUAUAAGAUUUUCAAUAUGUUUUAUACACUGGAUGAAAAAUCACGAUGAAAAUCUUAUUAACCUAGUCCCUUUAACUAAAAAACAAUUCGAGUUAAAAAAAAGAAAUCUUUUAUUUUAUUCCUUAUUUAGUUCCUAUUCAGAAGUAUAUGCUUUAUAUCUAGAUAUCGAUAAAAACAACAAAUUUACAGGAUGUAAAAAAAAAUUUGUAAAAGCAGAAAAUUUAGAAGAGUUCUACAACUAUUUAGAAGAGUCUACUAUAUUAUCUAAACAUGGGGAAGAUUACUACAAAAAAAGCGAUUAUGAUAUAUCAGAGGAUUGUACAUAUUCCAAUUUUCUAGAUGAUGUAUUUUACAGAUGUGAACACGACAUCAUUAAAAUGUUAUUUGACGAACAGAUUUUUAAAAACUUAUCUAUAUCAUUAAUCGAAUUCUACUUUGCUAUAUAUAUGAUUCAGUUUAUUGAAAGCAAAAGAUUAUCAAUUUUACUUUUUUUAUUUUGUGAAAAAAAAAGCUAUUUAAAUAAGGAAAAGCAAUUUUUAAAAAUAUUAGAAGCUAGAAAAAAAGACAUUCAAAACAUAACUUGCAGUCAUAAUAAUACUAAGGUGUACGAAUUUGUUGAAUAUAAUUUUUUGAUGGAAUAUAAUGAUGUACUGAAAAAUAAAAUAAAAAAAUUACAAAAUUUAAUUAAAAAAAAAGAGCAAAUUUUGGUCAAAAAGGAAAAAAUGAAAAGUAUGACACUCCCACAAGGAGAUAAUAUAAAUAGAAUAAGUAAUAUAAAUACUUAUUUCGUUCAAACGCUUAAAAAGCUUUUAGAAGAAUCGCCACCUUGCUCCAACAAUAUACAGAAUAAGUCUAUUAGUGAUAAGCGAGAGCAUGGUGAGUAA